CCUUAUAUCAAAUGUACCCCCAUGGAUCAAGAAUAUAUGAGAAGUUCGCCGAAAAAAAAAGUCCACGAUGCUACAGUUAGUUUGCUACAAACGCGGCAGACUUUACUGCUCCUCCUUGUUUCCAGGUGGUUUCCCACCAAGGUAACGGGAGAGACAUUGGCUCUGAUAUGAGACAGUCUUUCGAGUACCAAGAAGACACACAUUCGAUCUAAGGUACGAAAAGCCGUUUGCUUUCUGAGGACCAUUGGCCUUGUUUGUGUCCAUUGUGAAAAACAUCAUGUACUGUAUGACCGGGAAGACCCUCGUUCAAUGCCAAUUCUUGAUAGCACAAGCCUCGAAGAAUAGCGCCAGCGAUUAAGGAACGGGAAGCUGGUUGGAUAGCUGAUUCAUAGUCUCAAGAACAUGGGUCUAGGCUCUAGAGUGAGAAGAUACAAUUCGCAAUGCUCGAAGAUAUCUGGCCAAAAAGGGAAGACCUGAAACAAAUGCAUAUUACUAUCCAUUGACCAAGUCUGGGGACAAGUGGCAAAUGUUUGGAAGAACACAAAAGAUUUCGACUAUAUCUAUAUGCCAUUGAUCACAUACAGCUCGGCAAUCUGGUCGAACCUUCCAGAGAUCAACAGGGGUCUGUGCUCGAGAACGGAGAAACGAAGAAGAGCGUUGCUGUCCUUCAAGGGUUCUAUGUUCUUUGUGGAAAGGACCUGGGAAAAGUAAUGUCCUGGCAACUGAAUCGGCCACCCACCGCGUCAACAAAUGAAAACAUGCAAGUGUUUACGGGAUUAUUGAACUGGGGCACAGAAACUCCCGCAACGGAUCUAGCCGACAUCACCACGUACCCGUAUCCGGGGGAAGCAAAGCUUCAGCUCAGAGAACCAAGCAACCAGGUUAUUUGUGAUGUGCCGGACGCAGAAAUCCCAGUAAUCUUCCGAGAUAAAAUUACCACCGACGCGGAAUCUGAUCCUACCGGUAGACCGGUUUCCCCGACAGAAGCCGGAGACGAAGAAGAAACCGACAACAACAACGGGGUAUUCAUGCUAGUAUUGGAAUUCCAGAAGCACCAGCAUAUUUGCCUUUUUUGAAGGAUAUAGGCCUUGUGCUCUUCAGGCACUGAAAAGCAAGAGGAUUUGCAUGCCAAACAGGUAAGUGGGUAUUCCUGCACAUCCGUAAGACCGGGACUACCUGAGGCUAAUUUGUCGUGCACAGAUAAAGAACGACCAUUCUUGAUACAUAACUGCCCAUCUCGUUGCUCUCGUGGAAAAUUCUGGUCGUAGGCAUGAUACUACCCCCUCUGGAGGGCCAUUGUUUACUGUAAGCCCUCAGAUGGAGUGGCUCAGGCACCCUGUUGGAGCC